CGAUGCGCCCAGCAGCGUUCUGAUCGCCGACGCGCCGCCGCCUCCGCCGCGAUGAUUCCCCCCGAGCCGCAGCAGCAGCAGCAGCUGCAAACGCCGCCGCCGGCCCCGCCGAACCAUGUGGUGACCACCAUCGAGAACCUGCCGGCCGAGGGCAGCGGCGGCGGCGGAAGCCUGUCCGCCUCCUCCCGGACCGGCGUGCGCCAGAGGAUCCGCAAAGUGCUGAACAGGGAGAUGUUAAUCUCUGUGGCUCUAGGCCAGGUGUUAUCCCUCCUUAUUUGUGGAAUUAGCUUGACCAGCAAGUACCUGUCAGAAGAUUUCCAUGCCAAUACACCAGUCUUCCAGAGUUUCCUCAAUUACAUCCUUCUCUUCUUGGUCUAUACCACCACACUAGCUGUCAGACAAGGAGAAGAAAACCUCCUGGCAAUUUUACGACGAAGAUGGUGGAAGUAUAUGAUCCUGGGACUGAUAGACUUGGAAGCAAACUAUCUGGUGGUCAAGGCUUACCAGUACACGACUCUGACCAGUAUCCAGCUCCUGGACUGUUUUGUGAUCCCGGUUGUGAUUUUGCUCUCCUGGUUCUUCCUGCUGAUCCGGUACAAGGCUGUGCAUUUCCUCGGCAUCAUCGUCUGCAUCCUGGGGAUGGGAUGUAUGGCGGGCGCAGAUGUGCUUGUGGGAAGGCAUCAGGGAGCAGGGGAAAAUAAGCUGGUAGGGGACCUUCUGGUCUUAGGGGGAGCCACGCUCUACGGUAUCUCUAAUGUCUGGGAAGAAUACAUCAUCCGAACCCUGAGCCGAGUGGAAUUCCUGGGAAUGAUUGGACUCUUCGGGGCAUUUUUCAGUGGAAUUCAGUUAGCUAUAAUGGAGCACAAGGAGCUGUUAAAGGUGCCCUGGGACUGGCAAAUAGGACUGCUCUACGUUGGCUUUAGUGCCUGCAUGUUUGGUCUCUACAGCUUCAUGCCAGUGGUCAUAAAGAAAACCAGCGCCACUUCGGUCAACCUCUCCCUGCUCACCGCAGAUCUGUACAGCUUGUUCUGUGGGUUGUUUCUCUUCCACUACAAGUUUUCAGGACUUUAUCUCCUGUCUUUCUUCACCAUCCUCCUUGGCCUGGUGCUCUACUCCUCCACCUCCACAUACAUAGCCCAGGACCCCCGGGUUUACAAGCAGUUCCGCAAUCCUUCAGGACCCGUCGUGGACUUACCAGCCACAGCUCAGGUGGAGCCUUCAGUCACCUAUACCAGCCUGGGCCAGGAGACUGAAGACGAGCCGCACGUUCGUGUGGCCUAGGACGACACCCUCCCAGCCCACUGAGGACACCUCCGCGGCCGUGCGUCCGCCCGUCAUCUCUGUUUUGUACAUAGAGAAAGGUAUUUAUUAGGUGCGGUUUACACAGGUGGACUGCAAGGUAGCGAAUCUGAAAGCCUGUAAAAGGCAUAAGCUAAACAUCCCUGGAGACACAGGCUCUGAUCCACCUGACCUGGGGAGAUGCCUAGCUAGUGUGUAUCCGGGUCACAACCCCCCCUGUAUUCAUUACUGUGAAAAUGUGGGAAUCAAAAGCAAGUAUUAUUGUUUGUAUUAUUACGGUUACUGUUACUGCACCGACUUUCAGGAGGAGGUUUUGUGCUCCUGAUGGACACUCUCACCAGACCCACUCACAUGUAGUUAACAUCAAUCCCACUUUUCUAUGGCAAGUCACUUUUUAAGAAUCACACUUUAUUUUUGUGCACAGUCUCUGAGUGCUGCAUGCCACAGGAGCUCCACCCUAUGACGCUUCCUUAUCCUAGGGACCUGGGGGCUCACAGUUUCCUCUGUUACCUGUUGGAUUGCCUGCUCAAUAUGUAUUUUGUGCUGUGACCCUUGUGGGGAGUGGCAACUGACCAUAUAAUUCUCUAUUCUAGGAAUAGAUAUAAAACAAACAUUUUAGCCUUUUUAUAUUUCAAUCUCUGAUUACUCCAGGCCAUUGCCUUUCUGUUGUGCCACAUGAUUCUGCUAAUCAAGUCCCUGUAAUAACAGGAUAAGGAAAGUUCCAUUUCUGUGGCUUAUGGGAAACCCCAGAAAUAAUAUUAUUUGUGCUUAGGGCAAUACAUUUUUUUAAAUCUUUCUGCUCCUCUCUAUGUUCCCUCUUCAAAAAAUAUAUUUGGUUUUCCUUUUUCCCCCUAGGUUUCUUUAGUGAUAAUAUGGAAAUCAAUCAAAGUAUUGGAAAAAGCCGUGGUCCUCUGCCCUCUUGUGUGACACCCUUUAUGAAAUACACCAGCAUGGGAACUUACCUUUACUGUGGAGUUUCAUUGGUUGUUUGGCCUCCCAACAAAGUCAGGGUGCUGAUGUGGAACAGUCUCUGACGAUAGUUUGAUUGAUCUGGCCAUUUUGUAGUGGUAAAAAUGCCACCAAUGAAAAAGUCACAUUGUGGUCAUAUUUGGCAUCCAUUCAAUAAUGGCAUAUAUCACACAACAUUCUUAUGGAUACAGAGAAUAUUACAGGGUCCUGAUAAGGCUUUGAGGGGUAUGUCACUGGUCUAAUUUUGUUGCCCUUAAAAUAGCCCUUUCUUCAAACACAGAAAAUCAAGAAAUACCACAAACCUCUAUGAUUUACAAUAGAUUCUACAUGUCAGUACGUGCAAUAGUCUUUACCUUUGGCUGGCUGCAAUACGAUUCAAAAAGAUCCUCGAUAGAGUUACAGGAUUUGUAAAGGGAAAAAUAAAUGUUUUGAGCAAUUCAAAUCAAUACAUCUUAAGGAAGCAAAGCAAAACAUCAGUGGGGUCUCUGUAAGGUAGAGAACAAAUUGAAGCUUAGUCAGGAUUUCCAUAGUAGCCUAAA